GCAAGUCGUGAUCGAUCCAUUUAUUUUGUUCAUGUUGAGUAUGCCAAAUGAUAGCUGACUCUGCCAGUACUUCCACAACGUAGUGACCCCUGUAUUUAUUUUUUAAAUUUAUCAAGGCAUUCUUCUCCCCUUACUCAUUUACAACAUAAUUUUUUGUAUGACUCUCUAUUUGAAAUUUGAAACAAUCAGAUAAUAUGCGAUGAGUAAUGUUGUCAUUCUUUUCAGUACAACAAGAUGGCAAUCACAAAUAUACAUAUGACAACGAGACUCUCAUUUCAUUUUUGUUUUAACAAUACCACCCCUAUAACUUUACAAUAUAAACCUUAGUCAUUUGUCAACAAAAGCAUAAAAACGAGUUCCAUCGUUUUACAGAUAGAGCAGUACAUUUACCAGUCGUUGUUGUGAUCGUUACAGUUGAUAUCAUGUAUCUCCUUCACGCUAUUUUUCUAUCACUGAUUAUUUUUUCUUCAGCUGUUGAAAAUUUAGAAAAAAAUACAAAUAAAUCAAGACCAUACUGGGAGGAUAUAUUACGUAAUGUUGUAUUUAAAACAAUAUCACAACCACUUACCUUUGACAAUGUUUUGCAUAAAAAAUUUCUGGAUGCACCAUUUUAUGGUAGACCCCUGUCACCACCAUCUUCUAACAUGAACAAUGAAUUGUUGUCACGUGGUGAUGUUUAUUAUCUACCAAACAAUAGUUGGAUAUUAUGCCAAGAAGAUUGUGAAGAUUGUGAAUUAUGUAAACAUCAAAAAGACUCAAUGGUUAAAUGGACUUUAAAAAGAAUGAAACGUUUUAUAUCAUCACAAUCAUAUAGAUAUGAUCUUCAGUUGACCGUAAUACCACAGACAAGUGAUAACAUUCAUGAAAACUUUAGUGCUGUUAAUAAUGUAUAUACUGAUAAUAAAGAAAAGUCAUCAACGAAAGUAAUGAAGCAACUUGAUACUAUUUCUAAUCAUGAAACCAAUGUUGACCAUAGAUUUUCACGUAGACUUCAGAGAGACCAAAAUGGACUUACUGAUGAUAAAAUAGAAAAAACUGAUUAUUCAAAUCAGCAAAUAGAUGAAAAUAAAUCAAAAAGUCAAAAAAAUAAUAUUAUUAAAGAUGAAAAUAAUUUAAAUUUUGAAAUAGUAGAUAGUGAUAAUGUUAGUGAAGAUAAACCACAUCACAGUUUAAUCAUGGAAAUAGAUCAGCUUGGUAAAAGUCAUUUGAUUCAUGUUACUUCAUUGAGUUCACAUCAAACAUCGAAAGCAGAUAAAUCAAUAACAUACAAAGACUAUGUUAAAAAAAUGAUUGAAUCCUUGGAAAAUCAUCAGCCAAUUAUUGAAGCAUUUCUUUCACAUUCAUCUUUACUUCAAAAAUCUAAAAAUUAA